GCCGAUCCACUCUGUCUACAGCUGAUUUGUGUUUUGGUCAUUUUGAUGUUGCGUUGUUAUGGUGUGUUUUGACCGGUGCAGCACUUAAUGAUCGGGUUAUUUUGGAAACAUGGAUUGUGAAGACUUUCUUGCAAAAGAGCAGAAAGUUUUGGAGCUCUAUUUCUCAAGUCUUGGGCAUUUUAAUUAUGACAAAGCGAAAGAGACCGUCGAGAAAGAACGUGAUGCUUUGUGCAAAACAGGUGCCAACUACUUGUUCAGCAGCGUCCUUACAGCGCUGUCGCAGAUGGCCGUCGCAGAAAAGCUGUACAUGUCCUUGCAGUAUUUGGCUCCAAAAAGUUUCUUAAGGAAAGACACCUCCCUGAAGUCACUGUAUGAGGCACUGCGACUGGAAUUCCUACGCCUGAAAGACCAAGCAUCUUGUUCGACACCAGUCUCUUGCAGUCCUUCUCCUUCGAGCUGUUCACCAAUGAUGACACCGUCACCGUCGGCCAUGUCUCUGAGCUCAAUGAGCCCGAGCGUCGUGAUAGGUUCCUACCACAGUGGCACAUCUUAUAUGUCGCAAUCACCUCAGGCACCUGUUCUAGAUUCUUUCUUAAGUCACCUCUGUGGACAGCUACACUCUUUUGUUGUGGCCCGUGCAAGAUCAGUUGACUUCUAUGACAAGCUGUACUCUCAGAGUCUUGGUAAGAUGAUGAAGUUCAAAGAGCUGUCUGCUGCUCUGAAUGAUAUCAUACUGCAGAAUCAAAAGCUCUUUCAUCAUCCCAUCCUGACACCACUGAAGUCAUCAUUCAGCAUGGAGAUGGAAGCUCUGCAUCACCUGCUUGAGGCUCAGGUUCUGUUAUCCCAGUGGCAGUUUCUGCAAGCACUGCUUCACCUGAAAGAGGCUCAUGCCAGGUUGGGAGAGUGGAAUGCCAGCCUCCUAUUACCUGAGAACCGUCGAACAGCUUCAUCUCUGCUACGAACUGAUAGGCUUCCACAACUGGUAACAUGGAUCAACAAGCUGAAUGCCUUCAUGGUUGGAAAGUAUACUCUCUACUUCUACAAGAUCCUGAGUCGACAGGCAACACAUCAGGAGAUGAAAAUCUUUGGCUCUAAGAUGACCAUUGACUACUGUCAGAGGAUAGCCAGCCUGUGCAAAAAGUCGGAUGCACUGUGUGUCCAGUUGCUUUUCGAAGCGCUAGGAGUUGAAGGCUACUAUGAACAUGGCUACUGCCACCCGGACCACAUCGUCGAAGCUCCCAAAGGAAUUGACUCCUAUCCUGUCAUCUAUUCUUAUCCCACUAUUUAUCAAGACAAGCAACACAGACCUAAUAUUAUAAUGAUCAUCACAAAGAAGUCUGAUGAUCUCAAUUCUGAGGGGAUUGUUUACUUCUAUGAUUCAAGAAUGGAGAAGAGCUAUUUCCUGAUCAAGCUGGAUCCACGGGUGACAAUGGUGGCCAUCUAUGUAUCACGAAAGUCAGAACGGGAUACCUACAUUGUAUCGUGCAUGCAAGACCUUGCAGCUCAUGUGCGGGGGAACAAAGUGUUUGGCAUGCUGAAGCCAGGAAAUAAAUAAGUGCUAAUAAAUUAUUUUUUAAAUA